AUUAUGGAUACCGGAUAGCAACUUGAGGGUCAGUAUCCACGAACCCGUUUCCGCUGAAGCACAAUGGAGGCCGGGGAUAUCGUAGCAUUCGCAACUACACUUCCAGCAGUAGCUUGUGUCGUCGCCUUUGUCGGACACGAUGGUAGAUCACACAAGAAGCCACGGAUGAAUGUUUACUCCAUUCGAAACAACGUCUGGGAAGGCGUCGAAGCCUGCCCAGGAGUUGGGUGGUACAAGCGCAACUUGCGUGUCAGCAGGUGCACAUUUGACCAAAUUGUGUAUCGUCUCCAAGUUUUCGCGCACGAUCAAGGUCAUCGCUUACCAGCUAUGAACGCCUUUGUCGACAUGCGGAUAAGGGUGGCCAUGACACACAGCUACUUGUCUCAAGAAGGGGGAUUCGCGGUAACGGCAGCGUUGUUCGGGGUCGCAAACGCCACGACAAUUAUCAACGUGAAUGAGGUCAUGGAUCUUAUUAUUGCGUUAAGUUCGUCCGCUAUUCGACUCCCCCAGGUGAACAACAAUGGAUAGCCAAUGCUGCAAAAUUCGAGCGCAGAGCUGGAUUCCCCAACAUCGGCGGGGCAGUUGAUGGUUCUAUUUUUAGAAUGGAAAAGCCGUAUGAAUAUGACGGGUAAUACUUGAAUGCAUUAAUACUUAAACAGAUG